CCACAACUCACCGAUCCACCCUCUAACUCGAAUGGACGACCUCGCGGCUCUCCUCGAGUUCCCCGGCGCACCGAGCCUUAUUCACCUGCACCACCCGCACCACGCGUCGUCGGCGAUCGACCCGGUGCUGCCGGCGCGAUGCAGGGUCGUGCGACUCGACGCGGUCGAGCAUCACACCUCGCGGCUGCUGUAUGCGGGCGCGAUAUCGCGGCUCGCCCGCGCGCUGGGAAAGGACGCUGACGUUGGCGAAGUGCCGAGUUGGGACCUGUUUGCACGCGGGUUGCGUGCGGCGUGGGCGCCGCCUGAGAAGAAGCGGAAACGCAAGACGGACGGCGAGCAAGGUGACGCGCAGCUAGUCAUCCUCGUCACCAAGGCUGAGCGGCUGCAGGCGGUCCUUGGCGCAGAAUGGACGGCUAUGACACGUCUCGCUGAGCUGACCGGGCUCCCCGCCACACUUGUUCUCUGUUCCCAGAUGCCGUGGGAGGACCUCCGCCCGGCCCGGUGUGACGCCCCCGAGCCCGUCCACGUCUAUCUGGAACCAUUGCGGCGGCAGGAGGUGCUUGCCCUCCUUCUCCCAGGCAGUGCGCACCCGCUCUACCCGCGCUUCCUCGACCUCCUCCUCGCCACGAUGGGCUCUCUCGCCUCUCCGCCUGACCUCGAGUACGUCGCUGGAGCCCUGUGGCCGUUGUACACGGCCACGCUUCCGCCGCACGCCGAGAUGACGUUGCUCGGCAAGGCCUACCCCGACCCCGAAAAUCCACCACCACCACUCGUGAUCGACAUCCAGCGCCUCACAAGCCUCAAGGCGCAGCUGGUCUUCGCGCUCGCCGCGGCCGGCGAAAGUCUGCUCCCGCGCCACGUCGGCCGGGCCGAGUUCGCCGGUGCUCUCGCCCCCGUGGAUGCGCACGGCGACUUGCGGCCUGUUGCACAGCGCGUCCUCCCCCCGCCGCAGCCGUUGGACCUCCCCCUGGCCGCCAAGUAUCUGCUCGUCGCGGCGUUCUGCGCGUCGUACAACCCCGCAACGAGCGAUAUCCGGCUCUUUGGGCGCGGUACGGGGCCAGAUGGGCGGCGGAGGCGGGGAGGUCGUACCCGACGAGCAGGAUAUGGCCGCACGCGUGUAGGUAAAGUGCCGCAGCGCCUACUUGGCCCCAAGCCAUUCCCGCUCGACCGCCUGCUCGCCAUGUUCUCUUCACUGUACGCGGAACAUGCACCACGCCCAGCAGAGCUGGAGAUCAGCUUCGGGUACGACGCGUACCAGACUGUUGCGGAGACGGAGCGGCGGCGCGACGAAGAAAUAGAGCUCGACGAGCGGUGGGAGGACGAGGUGGACCACCUCGCGCACUCGACAAGAUUGUGGAGUCUCAUCCCCGAACUCGAGGGCCAAGGCCUCCUGCGCCGCACAUCCCCCGCCGACCGACUAGACAACGUCACUCUCCGCUGCGAGCUCGACUACGAUGGCGCGCGCGACAUUGCGCGCGAGCUCCGCUUCACCCUCGACGACUACUUGUACGAGUUGACGACCUAGACCCGCUGCCGCUGCUCUAGAUAUGCAUGCAUUUUG